AUGGGAAAGUCGAAAGUGAGUUACCAUAUAUGCCGCGUAUCGACGCUCAUUUCUGUUUAAACAGUCGUUUAAUGCGCUCAAAUGGAAUCGUAUCCAAUUUCAUAUCCAUUUUCGUUGCUUUGCUGUAAAUUCUUUGUGAGUUUCUCAAAAUGACUUUGUUACUUUUUAUUUCUGAGAAAAAAAUUGUAAACUAUUACAGAAGAAAAGAAUGAUAAAGAAGCUUCGAGGCAAAAAAGAAGGCGAACGCGAUGGUGGGAGCUUUCGGCAACCGUCUUUGAGAAAAGUUGGUUUUCUCUUUUUUUUUUUUCAAUUUAGUUCUUCAGUUCAGAAGUUUUAUGUCUGAAAUUUCAUGAUAAACGAACUAUAAUCAGAUUUAAUUUUCUUUCAACUAUUUGAUUGUGAAAUGAUUUUAAUUCGUCAUUUGAAGAAAUCAAUUAUUCAUAAAGCACACAUUUUUUUCACAAGGAAAAGCCUUCAUCGAACGUUUUAGGCGAAUUAUAUUUCCGAUUUCAUGACAUACAGCGAAUCAAUUUGAACGUGCCAUGUGACUCACUUAUGUCGUGUGUCGUUACUGUUCUUUUGGUUCACCUUGAGAUCUAAAAAUACUUUGAAAGUUCCAAAAACGUUAUUUUGUCUCCAAGUAACGACAUGUUCGUAAUAUAAUUCAGUAUAAUCUAAGGAUUAUAUUUUUUUUACAAUUUUUUUGAAUUAUCAGCGUUUUUCACGGAAAUAGGAGUCUUUAGUUAUAAUAAAUAAAUAAAUAAAACUUAUACUUAAAAGAAUUUUUUUUGUUUGCUCGGUUACAUACUAAUGCAUGUUUUUUUAUCAUACUUGUAUUGGAUAUACGAAAAAAAUCGCAAGUUUUAUUUCUGUUACAUGCGUGAUUUUUUUUGUGGUACCGCCCCGCAUGGAAAAACUAAGAAACUGGAAGCUACUUCGAUUCUUCAACAAAUUAUAUAUCGAAAAAUUCAUUUUUUUUUUUUUAAUAAGUUGAAAUCUAUUAAAAAGAUCUAAGAAUUAGCCCCAAUUUCUUUAUUCUGACGGUUUCGAGUAGAAAUCAAUGAGUUUAAAGUGAUGGUCUACCAUAAACGUCUACGACAUAAACGACUUCAGUAAGUGUUUUUGAACCGGCCAAAAACGUCGGAUCUUUUUGUAAUAAGUUCGAAAAAAAUUUUUUUUUUCUUUCCGAGUUUCAACUGAAACCAGAAAUAGAUUGAACAGCUGCCAAUGUAGCACCUAACUGCUUUUCGAGAACCUUGCUGCCCUUGGUGGAGGCAGCGACGCCCUCGCGGCCAUUUGAAUACGGCUGUUUUGGCGCCGACCGUCUUUGGCGGAGAGAGAGCACGCAAAUGGCGGAGGUGUUGGAACAAGUGCGGCCAGCCGAUCUUUUCUACAGCCGUCUCCGUCUUGCCUCGUCUUCCUCUUUUUUUAUGA